UCCUUGUCUUCUCCUGUCUUUCUCCAUUUUCACUCUGCUUUUGGCAUAAAACAGAGCAUCCUCUGUUUCAGUUCUUUAGUUUCAGCUUAAUCCAUCCAUGACAUUCUGAAUCUGAAUUUGGCCUCUUUGAGCUCAAAUGGGUUGUUGCGUAAGUACCGGCAGAGCUUCUUCUGAUGGAAAAGGUUGGCAUUUUCCGGCGGGACAAGAGUCUUUUCACCAGAAACCUACUCUUGAGAACAGAGCACCGCCGCCUUCGUUUGAAGAAGAAACAGUGAAAGAGGUACUUUCCGAGAUCUCGAAGCACAAAACAACACCGCUGUCCGUGUCCCGAGUAGAACUGGAGAACCAGAAGCCUCAGGAACAGAAACCGGCUGUUGAGAAAAUCCCAGAAGAAGAAAUCACCAGCUUCAACAAGACGCCCCUGAAGUCUCCGACGAGUACCAACAGGAGCACCGUCAUUGACGAUUCGGUGUCCGAGGAUGUGUCGGAGAUUUGUAGCUUGAGCGAGAGCGUAUCGACGACGACAGUCACGGACAGGAGAGACGACGAACUGGAAGUGAGGCAGAGGGUGUUCAGAUCUCCGGCGAGAAUGGAGCCCAGAACCCGGGAUUCGGUGCCCAGGCGAGACAGGGUCGUGGGUCGAUCCCCAACCAAGAGAAUCGACCAAUCACCAGGGAAAAGAAACGGCGCCAUUACCAGCGGUACGGUGAGAAGGGUCCAAAGCAGGGAACCAGGUCAAGCCGCGGUGAGACGCGGGUCAAGACCAACCCCAACGAGGAGGGACCCAGGUGAGAGCUCCGGGAGAAGGUCAAGGUCGCCGGCGGUGAAUAGAUCCACAAUGGGUCGAAGCCCGUCCGCUAAGCGGGUGAACCGGUCUCCCGGUCGAGUCAGGACUGAACCAGGAGAGAUUGGCAAUAGCAAAAGAGUGGAGGAGAAUAUUAAUUUGGAGGGAAAAUGGCCAAAUGCCCAUAAUUCUGCCCCAAAUAGCACUCCAAAUGAAUCCCUUGAAAAUCCACUUGUGUCCCUUGAAUGUUUCAUCUUUCUUUAAAGAGAAAGCAUUUAACUUUGUCUUAAUUAUGAAAUUUCUCUCUUUUUUAAAUGAAAAAUUGUUUUACAA